AUGGUGACCGUUGGACAAAUUUGUUGUACGAUCGCCUCGACAUUUCCCAAGUUUGUUUGCACGCUGCUGCUCGUAUGGUCUUACUAUGCUGUGAUAUUCAAAAUCGACCUGGUGCUUGUUGAAAACACAUUCAGUGCCGUUGCCAUUCUGGUAUUGAUGACCCUGCUUGAGGCUUUGUGCUUGAUAUCCUACUAUUUCGUUGUUGCAAUUGGGCCCGGAUCGCCUUCCGACUUUGAUGAGUUACGAAUUCUCCCCUCGGAUACAGACGAGACGCCUGUUCCCCCAGCAUUCUUACAGGAAAACUCAAUCACAGUGAAACGGGACGGCGGAUUUCGCUUCUGCAACAAGUGCAAAGUCUGGAAACCAGAUAGAUGUCACCAUUGCGCCUCGUGCGAUAUGUGUGUCUUGAAGAUGGAUCACCAUUGUCCGUGGUUUGCGGACUGCAUUGGAUUCAAGAACCAUAAACUGUUUAUUCAAUUUCUGAUCUACUGCACAAUCUACAUCGCUCUGGCCACCGCCAUCUCGGGCUACUCACUCUACGAAAUAUACUAUCUGGAGACCGUUGAUUUGGACAAGUUUUCGCUGCACAUCAUGUUUGUUUUCAUUGUUGGUCUGAUCAUGGGACUAUGUGUGCUGAUAUUCACGGCUUUUUCCAUUUACCAGCUGCUGAUCAACAGAACAACCAUAGAGGCAUACGAAUCUCAACGGUACAGGUCUAACCAGAACGCUCCCUACGUCGGAAACAUAUUCAAUCUUGGAUACAAACAGAAUUGGCGAGCGGUCAUGGGCAACAGUCUUGUGGAAUGGCUGCUACCAAUUCGCCUGAGCAGCAGCUAUGGAUCAGGACUUAGCUUUGAGAUAAACAACCUGGUUUACCAGAAACUGCGGCAGGAAACAGAACUCCAGCAACGGCUCUCACAGGAAAUUUCCAACUACAGAUCAUACCAAAAGCAGAUCAACCAGUCUGCCCUCUCAUACGCAUAG